UCUCGCGAGGUGUUGAUUCACGGUUGGUUUCGAAACUGUUGUGUUUCUUUUAUUUCUUGUUAUUGGGUUAUUGUAUAAACUGUCAGGAAGUCACGCGGUAAACGUAACCGGUUUCUUAACAACAUAGGGAUGUCCGACCCAAAACCUUGUAAAGUGUGUAAUUUUAGCCGACAGAAAACAUACGGCUUGGUUGUUUCAUCUCUGGACCAACUAAAGACGAAAGGAAGCAAGUCUCUUGGUUUUAACACAAGUACCUCAGUCUCUGUGGUCUUAGAAGAUGAUGGGACAAUAGUUGAAGAUGAGGACUAUUUCUUGUGCUUACCUUCACAUACAACGUUCAUGCUGUUGGAUGAAAAAGAGACAUGGGCCCCACUCCUAAUUGAUAGAAGUAGAGCUAGGAUGACUGGUGGGUCUGUGAACCUCGAGUGUGACGCUGUGGACAGCUCAAUCACUCUGAGCCAUCCCUGGUUCUACCUGGCCCAGCAACUCAAGCAGGAUCUGGCAAGUGUGAUACUAAUGUCGGAGACGGACUUACAGACCCUAGUAGACGUCCCUUGUCCAGAGCUGGCCUUUGCCCUGGGCUUCCCGGAGAGGAAGGUGCAGAGUCUCCAGGCCACUCUGCAGGGAGUGUUGGACCGUAGAGAAGAGGAGAGACAGUCUAAAGAACUGCUCCAGCUCUACCUCAAGGCAAUGGAGAAAGAGGAUAGCCAAGAAGAAACACCUAGUCAGGAUGGGUCAGUUAAAAUGGAUGUGAUGGAUGGAAUGGAGGUGGAUUCAGUGUCAGGCUUCACAUCCACAAUGCUGAUGGUCCUCAAAUAUAAAAAGAGCCCUGAGACCAGACUGUCCAGUGAGGAAUUGCAGUCAGUCAUCAUUGAAAACAAUAUCAAGAUGGUGGUGAACAAAGGUGUGGUGGCCAUGGAGCAGGUCCUGGGCUGGGACUCCGGAAAGACCACACAGCUGCUGCAGGCAUGUGAGGAGCAACUCAGCAUGAGGCUCCAGCAGGUUCAGGCCAUGCAGUCGCUCCGACACAGCACAAGACAACAUCCCUCGGACGAGACACAGGAAACACGAGCUAAGCGUCGCAAAUAAGGAUUAGGGUGAAGGUGCUCGGUUUUGUAUUUGUUCUGAUUUUGAGAGGUGAUGUGGGACAUGUAAAUAAUUCCUUUGUUUCUCUGGCCUACAGAGUAGAACAUUUAAUCUCCUUGUUUGAAUGCUUUUGAGAAAACAAUUAGGACCAAUUAUUGACUUAUUCUGUUAUAUAAACAGCCUUGCAAAGUAUUGAAACCCCUGAACAGGUUCUCCAUUAUUAUUUAAUUUAAUUGAAUAUGAAAUGUUCUUUUUUUAAUUUAAACUCAAAAUUAAGUAUUGAAAGGUGGCAGUGGUUUUAUAUUGGGAAAUAUUUCAGAAAAAAACCGAACUACUGUAUGUUGCUUCCAUAAGCUACCCCUUAACAUUUCUAUUUGGUAGAGCUACCAUUCACUGCAGUAAUAGCUUUGCACGCAAUUUCAGAUUUUAACCCAUAUUUCUUGGCACAUUUGCUAUGGUUGGUUGGACAUCCUUGUUCAUCGCAGUUUUUAAAUAUUACCACAGAUUAACAGUGGGAUUAAGAUUAGGACUUUAACUGAGUCACUUUAGGAUAUCCACUUCAGUGUUGCUUAGCCUUUGUGCUUGGGAUCAUUGUCCUGCUAAAAGGUGAAAUCCCUAUCACAUUUAAGUUUUUAACGGACUGAUGCAGAUUCUCUUGCAGUAGUCUCUGUAUUUUGGUCCAUCCAUUAUUCCUUCUUUUUUAAAGGGACAACCCACUGUUUUUGGGUGUUCUGUCAGUCUUCCUGUAGAAAUAUUAGUAAUUGGAGAUGUUUAAACUGUAUUUGACCGCAAAACCUCACCCUCAUGCUUUUUGGCAAACUCGAGACAUACAUGCAGAUGGUAGUUUCAGUGACUGCUUCUUUCUUACCAUCCUCCCAUAGUGUUAUGGAGAGCUGUUAAUAUGGUGGACAGGUGCACCAAUACUCCACUCCCAGACACUGAACUCUGUAACUCUUCCAAAGUGAUUGUUGGUCUCUGGUUGUAAGGGACAGCCUUUCCUUGGCAGUGCCUGGGUGUUGUAAUGCAGCUUGUACUUUCAGAAGUUACAUGUGUCAUCUCACCCACGUGUCAUUUUGUAACAACAAGGUAUUGUGUUGUAAUUCAUUGUUUUUAAUUUAAAUGUUUCAAAUGUAACCAAUAUGGCAAGCAGAGCAUGGUAUGAUUUUCUUUCUACAAUAAAUAGUCAUCAUACACACA